GGAAACGAUAGAGUAAGGUUGAACAGAGUUAGCUUAACACGAGAAGAGCAUUAUAUAGUGUAUUUCUGAAUUUUCUGACUCAGUUUUAUCGAUACAGACAUUAGUCUGCAUAAAUAGUUAUGCCUGAAGACUGUAUGGACAAGCCAAACAUAGUAACAUGCACCGCUCCUGUGAAUAUAGCUGUCAUCAAAUACUGGGGGAAGAGAGAUGAAGAACUUAUUCUACCAAUAAACUCAUCUUUGAGUGUCACAUUGCAUCAAGACCAACUGAAGACAACAACAACAGUUUCCACCAGCAGAUCCUUCCAGGAAGACCGGAUAUGGCUCAAUGGCAAAGAGGAGGACAUAAACCAUCCAAGGCUACAGUCCUGUCUCAGAGAGAUUCGCCGAUUAGCGAGGAAGAGACGUAAUGAUGGGGACCUCGCUUCAGAUUCCACUGGUUUGUCCCACAAAGUCCAUAUUUGCUCUGUGAACAACUUCCCCACUGCAGCCGGACUAGCUUCCUCAGCGGCUGGAUUCGCUUGUCUAGUUUAUACUCUGGCCAAGGUUUUUGGUGUCGAGGGGGAGUUGUCUGGGAUUGCACGACAAGGCUCAGGCAGUGCAUGCCGGAGUAUGUAUGGAGGGUUUGUCCAGUGGAUCAUGGGACAGAAUGAAGAAGGCAAAGACAGUCUAGCCCGGCAGGUGGAGCCAGAGACUCAUUGGCCUGAGCUUAGGAUUCUUGUGCUCGUGGCCAGUGCUGAGAGAAAGCCAGUGGGCAGCACUUCUGGGAUGCAAACAAGCGUAAAAACAAGUCAUCUUCUAAAGCACCGUGCUGAGGCAGUCGUCCCAGGCCGGAUGGAAGAGAUGAUUGAAGCGGUGCGAAAAAAAGACUUUGCAGCUUUCGCUGAACUAACCAUGAAGGACAGCAACCAGUUUCACGCCACCUGUUUGGAUACGUACCCUCCCAUCUUUUAUCUCAGCAGUGUGUCUCAACAGGUUAUCAAUAUGGUGCAUCGGUACAACAGACACUACGGGGAGACACGGUUGGCAUACACAUUCGAUGCAGGACCCAACGCUGUGAUCUUCACGCUUCAGCAGUAUGUUCCUGAACUUGUUCAGGUGGUUCAGCACGUCUUCCCUCCAGAAACUAACGGAGGACAGUUUAUUAAGGGCCUUCCAGUUAACCAUGCUGCUAUCUCGGAGGAGCUAAAGCAGGCUAUUGGCCUUGAGCCCAUGUCAAAGGGAAUAAGCUAUAUUAUUAGCACCAAGGCUGGACCGGGCCCUUGUGUUGUGACAGAUCCCACUCAGCAUCUACUUGGAUCUGACGGACUGCCUAAAGAAAGUGUGUAAUGCCCUGCAGCUCUGAGCAGGAAUGAUUUUACAGUAGAAGUACUGAGGGCAAUCAGCAAAUAUUACAUUUGUAUUUGUGAUAACUAGUUUUGUGUAAGAGCUAACAACAACAGAUUCACAUGCCAUUUUAGAUGCUAACGCCACUCUCAAAUUAUCAGCAGGUUCGUCUUUCUUAUCUCAACCGCUAAUUUUCUACUGUGUUCUUUCUUGUAAACAAUUCUUGGCAAAUACAGGAAGAUGUGUCCUGAUGUACUGAUGGAACUACAGUAAACCUAUGCAGCUGAUAUUUUACUCUCUGAGCAAAUGAAUCUACUUGAAUCUUUCACAUGUUUUAUGAGGGUGUUCAGCUCUGGUCACUAUAGUUAUACUCUCAUUUUCAUUCUGCAAAAAAAAACAGUCAGGCAUACAUUACAUACAUCUCUUGGUCUAAUGCUGUUCUUUUAAAUAAAGUAUAUUUUUUUGUCAA